GUGAAACUCACACAACCAAACUCCCGGAGCACGAAACAAGAAACUUUGCACUAGUCUAAAUGUGAUCAUCACAUUGAAUCAUCAAUAGAUUUUCUGCGCAGAUUUGAUUCAUCUUGAAUAUAAUGGAGAGCAGGGAAAACCUGCCGGAGUUACUGUCAGAGUAUGUUGUGGACACCUUCAGCUACCUUCAGACAGUCAAAGACUUUUGCGACAAAGCAGAAAAAUGGACCCUUAAGAGAAAGACAGAGCUGGAGACGAUGAGAGACAUCAAGGAUCAAGCAGACAAAAUCAGUCUUAAGUUUGACCAUGUUAAGAAGUCCAAGAACAAAGGCAAGGCUUUUGGAGAGUACCUGAAGAGUGGUUUAACUCAGGUCACAGCUGACUCCAGACGAAAGAAACUAGAGAAGAGUCUGAGUGCUGUCCUGAAAGACACAUUUGAGGGGCUGGAGAAACUUGAGCACUUCCUGGAUGCAGUGGAGAAACUUGCAGUUACCUCGCUGUUUGCCUUCACUCACUUUACUGCAAGUUUUCUACCGAAGGGGGAGAGUCCUGAAAGUGUGCGAUCAGUCAUCAAAGCUGCCAAAAUGGCCUCUCCUCUCCUCAUCCACUUUAAACGAAAUGAUGAAACCUUCUUUCUUCCAAUUCUUAAUAAUGUGGAUGUCCUGGCCAUUCAGCUAGACAAAUACAUACAGAUUACACAACUGAUUUGUGAGAGAAUGGAUAAAAGAUGUAUAAAGGACGAUCCUUUACAGUAUAGUCUGAAUGUAAAGAGCUCAAAGAAAAAAAUGCUUAAUCGUUUAAACCAGUUGAAAAAAAUCAGAAUUGACCAGAACACCAGGUUGAUGUUCAUUUUUCAAGAAAAUGCUUUAAACUUCAUUGGUUUCUUUGGGCAGCGUCACUCUGAGAUGAAGCAGUUCCUAUCAGAUCUGGAGGAAAGUGCAGUUCAGUUGGACAAGAUGAAGUUCGGGGGAAAUAUCUCCACUGUAGCUGGUAGUUCAGUGGGUGUAGCAGGGGGUGUCUUGUCUAUUGUUGGCCUCGCUCUUGCUCCUGUCACUGCAGGGGUGUCUCUGGCUCUCACUAUGACAGGGUUUGGUCUGGGAAUUACCAGUGGUGUCAAUAGUUUGGUCACAGGUAUCACUGAAACAGCGGUCAACUAUCACCUUGAUAAAAAUUCACAAAGCAUUUUCCAGCGAUACAUGAAAUAUGUGGAAAAGAUUCAAGGUCGUUUGGAGAAAGCCAGUGUGGAACGUAUACAGAUCCCUGAUAUGAUCAGAGCUGGGAGGUUAAUUCUCCAUGCUAGAAUAGUGAUCAAAGGUAAUGAUGCCCUAGUGGAAAAGGGAAACCACCUUGUGGUUAAUGUGCAAAAGCGAAAAGGAACACUGAGUGCCAAGUUGCCUAAAGUGGUCAAAAUGGUCAAAGGUGGGAAGACAGCCGGACCUCUUGUAUCAGUGGCCAAAGGUAUUGAUGGCCUGGCAGAUGCAGCUUCCGCUGUAAAAGUCCUUCAAAGUGAGGAAGUGAUUGCCACUGCAACCAAGAUAGGGCUACAAGAGGCACAAAGUGCUCGUAGUAUUCCAAAACUGGCUGCAGACUUGCCUGACAUUGGGCAACUUGCAAAAGGGACACCCCUUGCACUGUCAAAGUCAGCGAGAGCUGGAAUUAUCACUGCAAAUGCACUGUUUAUUGGCUUGGAUGUAUUUUUUAUUUGCAAAGACAGCAUAAGUCUGGCAAAAGGCAGCAAGAGUGAGACAGCACAGCUCAUCAGGUCCAGAGCAGCUCUGUGGAAGUCUGAGCUGGAGGCCUGGAAGAAGAUUCAUGAUUCCUUAUGCAUAGGAAAACUGAGAUUUGGGAGCAGCCAAAAAUUGUUGGAGCAACCCCUGGAAAAACUACAGGAGUUACUGUCAGAGUAUGUUGUGGACACCCUCAGUCACAUUCAGACAGUCAAAGACUUUUGUGACAAAGCAGAAAAAUGGACCCUUCAGAGAAAGACAGAGCUGGAGAUGAUGAGAGACAUCAAGGAUCAAGCAGACAAAAUCAGUCUUACGUUUGACCAUGUUCAGCACUCCGAGGAUAAAGCCAAGGCUUUUGGAGAGUACCUAUGGAGUGGUUUAACUCAGGUCACAGCUGACUCCAGACGUCAGGAACUAGAGAAGAGUCUGAGUGCUGUCCUGAAGGACACGUUUGAGGGGUUUGAGAAACUUGACUACUUCCUGGAUGCAAUGGAGAAACUUGUGGUUACCUCCCUCUUUGUCUUCACUUCACGAAGUUUCCUACCGAAGGGGGAGAGCCCUGCGAGUGUGCGAUCGGUCAUCACAGCUGCCAGAAUGGCCGCUCCUCUCCUCAUCCACUUUAAACGGCAUAAUGAAACAUUCUUUCUUCCAAUUCUCAAUAAUGUGGAUGUCCUGGCGUUUCAGCUAGACAAAUACAUACGCAUUACUCAACAGCUGUGUGAGAAAAUGGAGAAAAAGUCUAAGAGUGUAUUGGGGUCUGUAGACAUGUAUGAAUGGAUGAAGGCUGAACCUUUAGUAAAAUUCAGUUUGAACAUUAGCGACACCUCCAUGCAAAAAAUGCUUGAUCAUUUAAUGCAGUUAAGCCUAAUAAGAAUGGACCGUCAUGCCAAACUGGCGUUCCUUUUUCAGGAGAAUGCUUUAAACUUCAUUGGUUUAUUUAGUCAGCGUCACUCUGAGAUGAAGCAGUUCCUAUCAGAUCUGGAGGAAAGUGCAGUUCAGUUGGACAAGAUGAAGUUUGGUGCAAAUAUCUCCACUGUAGCUGGUAGUUCAGUGGGUGUAGCAGGGGGUGUCUUGUCUAUUGUUGGCCUCGCUCUUGCUCCUGUCACUGCAGGCGUGUCUCUGGCUCUCACUUUGACAGGGGUUGGUCUGGGAGUGACCAGUGGUGUCAAUAGUUUGGUCACAGGUAUCACUGAAACAGCGGUCAACAUUCACCAUGGUAAAAAUGCACAAAGCAUUUUCCAGAGAUACAUGAAAGAUGUGGAAAAGAUUCAAGGCCGUUUGGAGAAGGCCAGUUCGAUGUAUUGUGUGGGGCCGGAUGUUAUUGAUAUGGUAAGAGCUGGGAAGGUGAUAGCUGGUGCUGGAGGACUGGCCAAAGGUAUUGAUGGCCUGGUAGAUGCAGCUUCCGCUGUUAAAGUCCUUCAAACUGAGGAAGUGAUUGCCACUGCAACCAAGAUAGGGCUACAAGAGGCACAAAGUGCUCGUAGUAUUCCAAAACUGGCUGCAGACUUGCCUGACAUUGGGCAACUGGCAAAAGGGACACCCCUUGCACUCUCAAAGUCAGCGAGGGCUGGAUUUAUCACUGUAAAUGCCCUGUUUAUUGGCUUGGAUGUCCUUUUUAUUUGUAAAGACAGCAUAAGUCUGGCAAAAGGCAGCAAGAGUGAAGCCUCAGAGCUCAUCCGCUCCAGAGCAAGUGUGUGGAAAUCUGAGCUGGAGGCCUGGGAAAAUAUUUAUGAUUCCUUAUGCAUAGGAAUAUGGAAAUUUAGGAAAAGCCAGAAAGUGUUGGAGGAACCGUUUCUUCCUGAGAUAUAAUCAUUAUUUUAAAGAUUUCAAAUCUUAAUCAAAUAAAAUAUUUACAUCUCCGACUGAUUACAACAUGUUUUUAUCAAGCCACGUUAAAGCUCUUUCAUUGUACAAUAACUGUAUGUUUAAUUUUAAAAAAGUAUUUACAUACUGAUGGAGAUUUAAUCUUUGUACAUACUGUAAAUAUGAUUUAGAAUAUUUAAAAUGUGGAAUACCAGUUGUGAUUGUCAUGUUAAGUCGUAUGAUUUGAUAAACAAGUAUUUUUACAUAUUUGGUAAACAAUUCCAAAACAUAACAGCAGUGGAAAAAUGACAAGGGAUAUAUUUACAGAUACAAUGAUACAGUGUUUCAAAAUGCACUUUAUUUUUACCUUUAAUGAUCAAUGGCACAGAACAUUAUAAAUGCUUCAUUACUCUAACGAAAAAAUGUGCAGAAGAGCAAAGCAGAAAAUUGCAGACGUCAUUCUCUAUACACACUUUAAACAGUGGUAAACAUGCAAAAUAUUACAAUAAUUGAUUUUGACUGAGCUGUAACUAGGUAAACAACCCAAACUAACUUUCUUCUUGUAAAAUUCAUCACAUAAAUAAAGUGCUUAAACAAGA